AAAGCAGUUAAAACCGCAACCUAUAUUUACGGCUAAAAAUUAACUUGCACCGUUUUCUAUUUACUAACUUUUUCAACGGUUUCCGUGUACAUAGAACCGUGUCUAUAAAUUCGUGUGCUAUCGAUAUAACCGGGCAGUUAAUUUUAAAAGUCCAACGUUCAACAUGUCGUUCAGUCCAGGUAAUGGUACCUUCAUUAGAAGCGAUUCACCACAUACUGUACCAUCGAGUGGGCAACCGUCUUCAGAUCGGGUGUCGUUUUUAAAACUGAAAACAGUGUCAGUCUUUAAUCGACUUGAGCAUACAGCAGCAGAGAUGAACACCGAAAUGCUACAAGGCAUGGAUGAGUACGGGUUGGCAGCAAUCAUGGAAUCAGUGGGAGAUUUGAAAGCAACAUUCACCGCCGCUCACACCAGUUUGGAGGAAAUGGACUUUGAGUCUAUUGCCAGUGACCUGCCCUGCAAAUUCGAUGCUACAUUAGUGAAACUUAAGGCGAACCUGCAACGAGAGAUUGGGAGACGUAGCACAGGUCAGCACUGCUCGACAUUUAGAGCGAACACUGGUGACUCGCAGUCGAUCAUCGUAAAUGCCAAUCGUUCUCGCCUGCCUUUGCUAAUGCUACCUAAAUUUAGUGGCGCGUACACCGAGUGGAGCAACUUUUUCUCGAUGUUCACCUCCGUCAUUGACAACGAUGGCGACCUAACGCAAAGCGAUAAGCUGCAAUACCUGCGUUCCUGCUUGAGUGGUGCUGCUUUGGAUACUAUCCAAUCUUUGGAGAUAAAUGAAACUAAUUAUAAAAAUGCAUUAGAUUUACUCAAAAAACGUUUUGAUAACAAGCGAAUUAUAUUUCAGGCACACAUCAGACAGAUCUUUGGGCUGGACAGGGCAGAUGCAUCCGCAAGCAAGUUGCGGGAGUUGACGGACAAGGUUACAUCACACAUACGCGCGUUGCAGUCGCUUGGAUCACAAGAACAAAUCGCUGACUGCAUCAUAGUUGAACUACUAAUCCAGAAGUUGGACAAGGCUACUCAAUCCAAGUGGGAAGAAAAUUCAUCAAGCAACGAACUGCCGUCGUGGGAUCAGUUAGCUGCAUUUUUGGAAAGGCGGUGUCGUACCCUCGAAAAUGUGGAGCAUGCCAUACAAACCCAAACGGAUCAAGUUGACAGAAACGGUAAAACUGUAAGUACAAAUAAAAGAAAAUCAUUUGUGGUUUCGAAUGCCUCAGUAGGUGGUUGCGCGUUUUGUCGGUGCCCUGAUCAUAGAAUUUACCACUGUCAGCAAUUUUCCACUCUUUCUCCAAAUCUUCGCCAAAAGGAAGCCAAGAAGCUCUCGCUUUGCCUUAACUGUCUAAAGGGUGGCCAUCAAAUGAGAGAUUGCAAAUCUGGACCCUGUAGAGCUUGUCAAUUGAAACACCAUACGCUUUUACAUUUUGACCGCACAUCUUCUGCUUCAACUUCUAUAUCAGGCCCACUCACGCAACCACCCACAUUGAAAUCAAAUACCAUAGCUGCAACAUCAUCUGUCCCUGGCCGUGCCCUCACUUCGAGAUCUCCAUCUGAUGCUGUGCUUCUAGCCACUGCAGUCAUUUUUGUCAAACAUCGUGCUGGUACCUUCGUGCCAUGUCGGGCGCUUUUGGAUUCGGGUUCCCAGCUUCACUUUAUUACAAAUCGUUUUACUAAUCAAUUACAACUUCGUAGGACCAAAUAUUCGGCGGCAGUUUCGGGCAUCGGGGAUGCCAACCUGUCAACUGAAGGCUAUUCGGUCAAUGUCGUACUGAAGUCGCGGACUUCAGAUUUCUCAACGCACAUCACUUCCGUCGUUGUUCAAACAAUCACUGACAAUCAGCCUGGUGUUUCAGACUAUUUUUCGAACUUCUCUGCGUUGGGCAGAUACAAUUGGCGCCCGGAUUUCCGGUUCUUCAAAAAACCUUCCUUAAAUUCGAUGACGCGCGACACCUUAGAGGCACCAGAAAUUCUAAACGGUCUGCACUAUCAACAAUAG